AUGGCGAGAUUCUCAGCCCUAUCAAUUGCCGGAUUAGCCCUACUAUUGAGUUAUGUCGAAGCCAAGAAGAUGUUCACCCAAGACCCCGUUCAGCCGAUCAAGAGAGCCGUAAAUAUUCCCUCUGAUGAGCCAGUUUUGGUUCUCGUCUACAGAAGUACAUGCCCACGCAGUCAGAGAACGAUUCCCCGGUUUCAACGAGCCGCCAAAAUCCUCGAAGGAUGGGGAAUGAAGACUCUCUCGCUUGAGUACAAUGAGACCGGAUGGGAGUACAUGAAGAUUGCCUUCCCCUUGAAGAAGUUCCCUGCUAUUGUUAUGUACCCUGGUGAUGGAAGCAAACUCCGAUACGACGAGAAGGACCCACCCCAGGCUGCCGCCGAGGAUUUCGUCUCGUUUGCCUGGAGCAACCGUAUGCGCCGAGUC